CUUCUGAGAUAAAUGAGUGGCCCACCUAGAGAGAUCAGGGCUGGGACACACACCAGAACCCACACAGAAUGUCCUGGUUCAACGGCUUCCUAGUGGCCAGAGUGGACGACCGUAAGACAGCGUGGGGUGAGCGCAAUGGCAAAAAGUCCAAGCGCAAGGGAGGUUCCUCCCUCUGUAACCCACGCUACAUGAGCUGCCUGCGUGACGCAGAAGCCAUGGAACCUCCUCCCCAGGCCCCGCACCUCCAGCACCACCGCGGGGGAGGGACAGGGGGCAACUUCGGCGUGCGUUGUGGCUGGCAGGAAGACCACUACGGGAAACGGGGAGGGGGCGGGGGGGAAGGAGUGGGGCUGAAAUCUGUGGACCUAGGCUUUGAAGACGGGGACGUGAAGAGCAGGAAAGGAGACGGCUCAGGGUGCAGCGACACUGGGGACGAGGGGGCAAGCGGGGGAGUGGUGACAGCGGCAGACUGCUGGCAGCGGGUGGUCCGGGUUUUCCAGUCGAAGAAAUUCCAGUCGCGGAAGCUCGAGCGCCUGUACCAACGCUACUUCUUCCGGCUCAACCAGAGUUCAUUGACUAUGCUGAUGGGCGUGCUGGUGAUCGUUUGCGGCGUCAUGCUGACGUUCCACUGCGUCCAUGCGCCGCCAGACGUGGCUUACGCUUCCGUCCUCUCCGUGGCCAUGGCUCUCUUCCUGGCCCUCAUGGUGGUGUGUAACCGCAAUGGCUUCCACCAGGACUACAUGUGGAUGGUCAGUUACCUGGUGAUUGGCGUACUGGUGGUGGUACAGGUGUUUGGGGUACUGAUGGUGGCACCUCGCAGUGCUUCUGAAGGGAUUUGGUGGUCAGUGUUCUUUAUCUAUAUUAUCUACACGCUUCUGCCUGUACGUAUGAGGGCGGCCGUGCUCAGUGGAGGAGUCCUCUCCACCAUACACCUCCUCACAACCUGGAAGAUCAACGAGGAGGACGAUUUCCUCUGGAAACAGCUGAGCGCCAAUGUGCUGAUUUUCCUGUGCACUAACAUCAUUGGGAUCUGCACACACUACCCAGCGGAGGUGUCUCAGAGACAGGCCUUCCAGGAGACCAGGGGUUACAUCCAGGCCAGACUACAUCUGCAGAGAGAGAACCAGCAGCAGGAACGCCUGUUGCUGUCAGUGUUGCCAAGGCAUGUCGCCAUGGAGAUGAAGGCUGACAUCAAUGCUAAGAAAGAAGACAUGAUGUUCCAUAAGAUCUACAUUCAAAAACACGACAAUGUCAGUAUUCUGUUUGCAGACAUCGAGGGCUUCACCAGUUUGGCGUCGCAGUGCACUGCUCAGGAGCUGGUCAUGACCUUGAACGAGCUGUUUGCUCGCUUUGACAAACUAGCAUCGGAAAACCACUGCUUGCGGAUUAAGAUUCUGGGAGACUGUUACUACUGUGUGUCAGGUCUGCCGGAGCCCAGGGCUGACCACGCCCACUGCUGUGUGGAGAUGGGUGUGGAUAUGAUCGAGGCCAUUUCAUUGGUGCGAGAGGUCACAGGGGUGAACGUGAACAUGCGUGUGGGUAUACACAGCGGCCGUGUGCAUUGUGGGGUACUGGGUCUCAGGAAGUGGCAGUUUGAUGUGUGGUCCAAUGAUGUUACGCUGGCCAAUCACAUGGAAGCAGGUGGCAAAGCAGGGAGGAUUCACAUAACCAAAGCCACUCUGCAGUACCUGAAUGGUGAUUAUGAAGUGGAACCAGGUUUUGGUGGAGAGAGGAACGCCUAUCUGAAGGAAAACAGCAUUGAGACCUUCCUAGUGCUGGGCUGUAGCCAGAAAAGGAAGGAGGAGAAAGCCAUGAUGGCGAAAAUGCAGCGAACGCGGGCGAACUCAAACGAAGCACUGAUGCCUCGCUGGGUGCCUGACAGAUCCUUCUCAAGGACAAAGGACUCCAAAGUCUUCAGACAGAUGGGUAUUGAUGAAACAUCGAGCAAAGAUAAUCGUGGUGCUCAGGAAGCCAUGAAUCCAGAAGAUGAAGUGGACGAGUUUUUGGGCCGUGCCAUCGACGCUCGCAGCAUCGACCAGCUCCGUAAAGACCAUGUCAAGAAGUUCCUGCUCACCUUCCAGACCUCCAGUCUGGAGAAAAAGUAUUCCAAGAAGGUGGAUGAUCGCUUUGGAGGUUACGUGGCCUGCACGCUACUCGUCUUUUGUUUCAUCUGCUUCAUCCAGAUUGUUAUCUUCCCUCAUACCCCUGUCAUGUUGGGCAUUUAUAUCAGUAUCUUCAUCAUCCUCGCCAAUAUCCUUUUCAUCUGUGCCAUUUACUCCUGUGUUAAGCUCUUUCCAGCUGCUAUGCAGACUGUGUCAAAGAAGAUUGUUCAAUCUCGGACCAACAGCACUCUCGUGGGAGUGUUCACCAUCCUCCUCGUCUUCAUCUCUGCCUUUGUCAACAUGUUUGCCUGUGACACAGAAAGAUUGGCUGACUGUGUUGCCAGGGAGAUGAACUCUUCUGCUGAGAUGGUAACUCCCUGUCUCAUCCACAACCUGUCUCGCACUGCUGAGGAGCGCCUGGACAUCUGUCCCAGCAACACUCCCUCCUGCCCCUUUCCUGAGUAUUUCAGUUAUAGUGUUCUGCUCACCUUGCUGGCCUGCUCAGUGUUCCUGCAGAUCAGCAGCAUUGGAAAACUCACCCUUAUGCUGCUCAUUCAGCUCACUUACCUGCUGCUCGUGGAGUGGCCAGAGGUGGCGCUGUUUGACAACGCUGACCUCUUUGUCACUGCCAAUGCUCUGAUCUUUAAUGAUACUCUACAAUGGUCCAGUUUCAAUGAAACUACUGACCAGUGUCCUUACAGUGUGACCAAAGUGUCCCUUAAGGUCAUGACCCCAGUGAUUCUCACAGUGUUUGUGCUGGCACUGUACCUGCAUGCCCAGCAGGUGGAGUCCACAGCACGACUCGACUUCCUGUGGAAACUUCAGGCUACGGAGGAGAAGGAGGAGAUGGAGGAACUCCAGGCCUACAACCGUCGUCUGCUCCACAACAUCCUGCCCAAAGACGUGGCCGCUCACUUCCUGGCCCGUGAGCGGCGGAACGAUGAGCUGUACUACCAGUCGUGUGAAUGUGUGUGUGUCAUGUUCGCCUCCAUCAGCAACUUCUCUGAGUUCUACGUGGAGCUAGAGGCCAACAACGAAGGCGUGGAGUGUCUGAGACUGCUCAAUGAGAUCAUCGCUGACUUUGAUGAGAUAAUUAGUGAGGAAAAAUACAGGCAACUGGAGAAGAUUAAAACCAUUGGCAGUACCUACAUGGCAGCAUCUGGCUUGAAUGACUCCACUUAUGACAAAGAGGGCCGCUCCCAUAUAACUGCUCUGGCCGACUACGCCAUGAGACUCCGCGAACAGAUGAAAUACAUCAAUGAGCAUUCCUUCAACAAUUUCCAAAUGAAGAUAGGACUCAACAUUGGGCCAGUGGUAGCAGGUGUCAUAGGAGCCAGGAAGCCUCAGUAUGAUAUAUGGGGGAACACAGUUAACGUGGCCAGUCGCAUGGACAGCACUGGUGUCCCGGACCGCAUCCAGGUGACCACAGACCUGUACCAGGUGUUGGUGAAUAAAGGGUACCAGCUGGAGUGCCGAGGGGUCGUGAAGGUCAAGGGCAAAGGGGAGAUGACCACCUACUUCCUGAAUGAUGGACCUCCCAACAGUUAGCACCGGCCAUCCAGAUUUUUCCCAUGAUUCCCACAAUUCCCCCCCAACUGGAUGGGAGAGGGAAAUUGUGUGAGGCAACUUAAAGUCAAACAAAGUAGCCAUGCCAUCACUUGAAAAACAAAACAAAUAACAUAUAAAACAAGAAGAAGAAACAAAAUGAAAGAAAAAAACUAUGAGACUAAACUCAGAGAAGGAGAGUUGCUGUGUGACAGUCUGGUAUUUGGCUGUGCACAUCGAAGGACGAUUGUUUUUCGUUUUUAAGCCUCUCUCUCAGG